AUGAUUAGAUUAGAAUCAGUGUUUUUAGCGAAUAUAAUAUUAUAUAUUGAUUCAAUAGAGACAUGUUAUAAAUUUUCUAUGAUAAAUAAAAAAUGUUUAGAAUCAAUGAAAUUCUUAAAAAUUAAUCCAUGUUUUACAAGAAAUUUUAAUAAAAAUCAAAGUACACAAGAACUUGUAACGAAUUCAAUAGAUAAAAUUAAAUUAAUGAAAGAAAUAAUAAAAGAAAUUGAAUUAUUUCCAAAUAUUGAAACAUAUGAAUUUGCACCGGGAACGUUUAGUAUAGGAUUAAUGAAAUUAUUACCACAAACAAUAGAAAACAUUAUAAUAGAUAAAAUAACAUUAAAUACACCAUUAUGUUUAACAAAAGAAGAUAAAUCAAAAAUUAUAUCAAUGAAUAUAACAAUUCAAGAACCAAUUGAUUUAUCAGAAUAUCCAAAUUUAAGAAAAAUUACAAUUGAAGUAGAUGAAAAUGCAAUUGAACAAUGUUUUACAAAUUCAAAACAUCAUUUUGAAUUUGUAAGAAUAAAAUUAACAGAAAAUAUUAAUAUACCAUUUUUAAAAGAAUUAAUUUCAUUUCCAAUAGAUAAAAUUGUAUUAGUAUUUCUUUGUGACCUUGAAAUGGAAAAAGUUUAUAAUGCAUUUCCACAUUUUAUUAAAAGAAAUUAUAUUGCAAUGGAAUAUCUUUAUGAUACAAUGCCAAAUAGUAUUAUUCCUUUAUGUGAAAAUUGUAAAUUAGAAAUUGAUCAAAUAGAUGCAUUUGAUAUUAAAUUAAUAGAUAAAAUAUUACCAACAAAUAUCUUUUUUACUGGUAAAAAUAAUACUCCAAUUGAUUUAAGUAAAAUGAAUUAUUUAAAAAGAAUUGCUUAUGAAGAUAAUUCGAUUUUUUUAUUACCAAAUUCAAUUCUUUCUCUUCAAGCUAAUUCUAUUCCUUAUCAAAUAUUACCUAAUUUAAAAGAUUUAACUUUAGUUAAUGCAAAAGGUGAAAUAACAUUACCUUCUACUCUUACUUCUUUAUCAUUAAGAGAUUGUCAUAUUCAAAUUAUUUCUUCUAAUUCUUCUAAUUUAAAAAUGUUAUUUACUAAUAAUCAUUAUUAUUCUAUUAUUCCUUCUUUAACUUCUUUAACUUCUUUAAAAAUUGGUCAUACUUCUAUUUCUCAUUCUUUUUCUUCUUUAAUUCACUUAAAAGAAUUAAUUUUUGAAGAUGUUACUAUUAAUUGGAAUAUUGAAUCUUUUUAUCCUUCUUCUUUAAGUUAUCUUCAUUGUAAUGGAAACCAACUUCCUUCUUAUUUACCUCUUACUCAAUUACUUCUUGAAAAACCUCUUCAAAAUGAUUUAAAUAAAUUAGAAAAUUAUAUUUAUCUUAAUUAUCUCUUUAUUUCUGAACUUCCUUCACCUUCUAUUAAUUUACCUCAAUCUCUUCGUUAUUUUACUCUUAAUAAAACUUCCACUAAAAAUUUAAUUCUUUCAUUAAAUCAAUUUACUAAUCUUUUAACUAUUUCAAUUAUUAAUUGUAUUGAUAUUCGUUUUAAUCUUCCUUUGAAUUUAUUUAGACUUGAUAUAUUAUAUAGUAAUAAUAUUGAAAUUAUUAAUUUAAAAUAUUUAUCUUCUUUAAAAGAAUUAUGUUUAGUUGAUGAACAAGGAAUUAAUCUUGAUGAAAUCCCUCUUUCUUUAAAUUGGAUAUAUUAUGAUAUUUCUGAUCCUGAUUUAUUAAGUUGUGAUGAAAAUGAUGAUCCUAUUCCUUUAAAUUAUCAUUCAUUAAAUCGUUUUAAAACUUCUAUUAAAUUUCAUUAA